AUGAAAUCGACCUAUGCUCCAGAGCUGCCCAUUUCGGGCUGGUAUAUGGGAGGCACGCCGGCGAAUUUAACGUCGAUGAUUUUGCUUCUAAACAAGUCAUUGUUUUCCGCUUUCGUGCUGGGUGGCAUCACGGGUAUUGUGGAUACCUAUCCUCAAGCUAGCGACUUGUUCGACAAAGUGGCUACGAAGGAAGGCCAAAAGGCCCUUUCCUUUGCUCGUACGAAUUGCCUACUCGAUGACCUGGUGACGUAUCCAUUCCAGGAUGUAUUUUCCGAGAAAUACUCUUCGUUGGGUGAAGCAUUCCUGACACACCCUGAUGUCAAGCCCAUUCUGAAUAGUUUGACGAUGGGAUAUGACAAGAAGUACACGCCGGACGCUCCUAUUCUCAUGGUACACGGCAAGGCUGAUGAGAUCUCACCUUAUGACUCGGCCAAGAAAUCGGCCCAGGACUGGUGCAACAAUGGCGCUGACGUUGAGUUCCACACGUACGACACGGACUUGUCCGCACACUUUAUUACCCAAAUUACAGCGACGGCCAAAUCCUAUGUAUGGUUGACGGAUCGUCUGGAUGGCAAGCCAGCCAACUCGGGCUGCAAGUUCACGUCGAGCCAGGAUGUCAUUCUCGACCCGAACGCACUUGGCCCUGGCCUCCAAAAUAUUCUCGAUAUUUUGACUGGACUGGCAGGUGAUCAAAUUGGACCAGGUGAUGCUGUGCUGGCCCAGAAAAUUCGUAAUGGUAAUUAA